AUGGCGUGCGCCUCCGUCUGCGAGGCCAUCCUCACGUUCUUGAGAAAGUUUUUCUCGCUGAUACUCGCGAUCGCGAUGGCCUUCUUCACGAUGAUGUACGUCAUCGGCGCUGGCGUGGUGACCACCCAGGCGAAGAGCUUCAGCAAGUCUGGCUUUGCCCAUUUCUUGGGGAUUGUCUUCUCGAUUAUCUCCGUGGUGGGGUACCUUAUCCUGCACUUUGUGCCCCGCAAGGCGUACCGCCUUCUUUACGCCAUCACCUUCCUGAUGCUUACGACGAUGUUCCUGGUGGCCCACUCAAUGGGGCUGGCGGCGCCGGUCGCGGCGGACUGCAACGCCGCCGGCUCGCUGAACUUCACCGGCAACUAUACCGGCAUCGGUAGCAUCGGAUCCAUACUCGAUGACAACAACGAGAACGUGACCAUUGGCCGCCUCGGCGAGCCGGUGGCGCAGUGCAAGAGCAACGCCCUGCUGUUCGCCGCCGCCUUCGUGAACAUGUUCCUCUACGUGAUUGCACUCUUUGACGUGCAGACGGUGCUGCUGGCCCGCGUGAAGUCGAAGACGUACGGCGAGCGCUUUGUGGAGAUGGGCAUCAGCAACUAA